AUGGACCUCGACAUAUCAGACAUCCUCGCAUCCGUCUCUGCGCCUUCAAUCCCACAGAAAACCCUCGAUCUCCAAGCCCUGACGCGAGCAUGGAUCAACGAACGCUCUUCGCCGGAGCUGCUUCCCUACCCGACAGAACUGAUGCAGAGAGCUAUGGAUGGGGUCAAGAAUCAGAUUGAGAUUAUCGAGUCCAUGACCGGAGCCAUGGACCCCACGGCCAACUUCACGCUCAUAAUUCUGCAAACAGAAUUGGAAAGAGUAAAGUUCUUAUUACGAUCGUACCUGCGAGCUCGGAUUGCGAAGAUCGAUAAACAUCCUCUCCACUACCGCUCCCUCGCCGUCUCGAGUGCUCCCGACCGACCUCUACUCUCAACGCUCGAGAUACAAUAUCUCGCUUCGCACCAAGCAUUACUGGCAUCGCAUUACCAUUCUUCCUUCCUAUCACUAUUCCCCGCAAAUCUACAACGGCUGGACGACACAGGCGGAGGAGUCAGCAUGGUGGACAAGCCGGACGAGGACACAGCGGUAUUCUGCAGGGUGCUAAGAGAUGGAUUCGCGCAGAGGCCAGCGGACGAUGAUAUCGAGCUUAAGAGAGGGGAUAUAUGGGUACUCAGAUGGAGUGCGAUCAAGGACAGCGUUUGGAGUGGAGACGUUGAGCUGAUAUGA